AUGGCCCCCGUCGAUCGCGUGGACCACAAUGUCCUUGAGCAGCAGCUCAAGGACGUCAUUCAAGACCUCUACCAGAUCAUGGUCCAAGUAGCGACCUACGACUCCGUCGGCCGCCCAAGCAAAGAAGUCCUCUCCAACGAAAUGUACGAGCCCCUCACACUCUCUACCCUAUGCGACCAACUAACACGCCCUAGCAAAACCCUCUCUCAGUCUCUCCGCACAGUACACAUCUCAGCAUCACCGCCCAACAACCUACCGUCAGUACCGCCCGAACUCCUCGAGUACGUCGAGCACGGCCGAAAUCCAGACAUCUACACCCGUGAGUUCGUUGAGCUCGUUCGCCGGGGCAACCAGCUCAUGCGCGGUAAGCGCCACGCCUUCGAAACUUUUCGUGACACACUCGCCGAGAACAUGACAACGGCCAUGCCUGAGCUGCGCGACGACGUAGCCCAGGUCGUCGAGGCCACCGGUGGUGUACCACCUGGCAAGAAGACUGAGCAAUGA